GGAGAAGGUGGCGGUGAUGUUUGGAUGAUAAAACUUACAGAGAAGUUUUACUCUGCAGAAAAAAGGCCAAAGUUGCCACAGCGGGGUUAUAACUUUGUAUUUUUGUCUUUUCUUUUUGAACCGGAAUGAGUCAUUUACUGCUCAGGGUCCUGCUGUCUGCAGCUUUUACCUGCCAAACAGCCACACUUGGAUCAGGCUGUGAAGGAAUAGGAUGCGGGAGUGCUAAGGCAUCAGGAAAGCAGGAUCAACAUAGUGAACUGCUGAAUCAGUUUAACGAAAUGAACGCACAGUCUGCAGCUGGCCAGCACCGGGGCUCUGGGGCCGUGUUACCUUUUAUUGGGCUCACUGGAAGUGCUACACAGAGUCGAAACUGCUGCAAGAACGGGGGAACUUGCAUUCUGGGGAGUUUUUGCGCUUGUCCAAAGCACUUCACCGGGCGCAGCUGCGAGUACGACGAACGUGUCAGGAACUGUGGAGUUAUACCUCAUGGAGAAUGGGUUCAAAAAGGCUGCUCAUACUGCCGAUGUGGAUAUGGAGUUCUGCAUUGCUUCCCUCAGGUCUUUCAUAGUGACUGUGACGAUACUCAGGAAGUGCGCUGGUUUCGUUCGAAUGCCCAGAGAACACUAUUGACCCGCGGUCUCCUGUGUCUGCUGCUGCUUUCAUUUCUGCUUUGAAGACAACUCCAGGACUUGUUUUGAUGUUCUGCUUUUUGGGGCUCAGCAGACAAAGAUGAGAAACCGUCCACAAGAAAAGAAAGAAGUUUAUAUGAUUUGUAUAUAUCUAGCUUUUUUGUUGUUGUUGUUUUAUGCAGCAUUUAAUGGCAGCACUGAUUUUUUUUUCUUCUUCCAGUGGAAGCUAAGUGUCUAGCUGUGUUCAAUGCAACUGUUUUAAUGUCAAGGACCCUGUAUAAAGGAUUUAUAUAGAAAAUAUAUUGUACUUGUAAAUUGUCAGUGUGAAUUUUGCCCAUAGAGCUGUAUAUGUUUAUGAACUUUUUCCCCCCAUGAUCUAUGAUUUAAUGUAUCCUGUCAGAGAAUACAUCCUUUAAAGAAGUCCUGUCUUUAUAUAGAGUUUGUUUGGUACUGUUCUUGAUUGGGAGAGAGUGUGAUAACACUAAAGAUAACCUCUGAUUGUUGACCUUUCCAUUACUUUUUCCCCCCUUAUCUUACACAAACAAUUGCUCAAGCCAAUCAGUCACACUGGCCACUCUGACCUAGCCAGCUGACCUGAUAGAUUAUGGAAGGGAUGUACUGUAUCUAUCUGUUACAUUGAACGAAGCAAUGAAGUUGUCUCACAGAGUUAAUUUUCUCCUCAAUAACUCAGACAGUGGGAUUAUUUACUGGUAUUAAUUUAAAAAACACAAAUUUGCCAUGGGCAUGAAUUUAUGCAAGAGGGGUAAAAAAUGCAAUGUGCAAUAAAAACAAGGAAUAUGAAUGAGAUCCUUGUGCAUCUGUUAUGUUGUAUUUGCUUAUAGUCAUGCAUCUUUGUUUCGUGAGCCUUUGUUUAAAAUUCUGACAAUCCUUCAAGGUCAAGUGCUGCUGUGUUUGAAAUACCUAUUUAUCGAAAGUGCUUUUAUAAAUCACAUGACCCUAUGAGAUGCA